GUUGUUGAUUUAGCAUCUUCGAGAUCGUAAAGCUCGAGUUCAUCUUCAGAAAGUUUGCUCGGUUCAUCUUCAAUUACUAGUUGUCUCUAUGGGUCGCUCUCUUUUCAAAAAGUUGCUUUUUGACGACUCAGACGAGGAUGAGAUAAUGAGGCGAAUUCUUAAGGGUUCAACUAAACAACGUAAACGUCGUCGGUAAAUCGAACGUGAUCGUUUGGCAGGCCAUAAAAGACUUUAUCUCGACUACUUUUCCGACACACCAGUGUAUCCUCCUAAUUUAUUUCGGAGGAGAUUUCGGAUGAGUCGGAAUCUUUUUCUUUGUAUUCAGCAUGAGGUAGAGGCAUAUGAAUCUUACUUUAUCCAAAAAAGAGAUAAUGCCCAAAAAUGGGGUUUAUCUUCUCUUCAAAAGAUAACAGCUGCACUUAGGAUGCUUGCGUAUGGAGUUACAGCUGAUUUUAUGGAUGAGUAUGUGCGAAUUGGAGAAUCCACUGCAAUGAAAAGUCUGAAAAAAUUUGUUAAAGCGGUGGUUGAUAUUUUCUCCAAGGAAUACUUGAGGUCUCCAAACAACGAAGACAUUGCUAGACUUUUAGCCAAUGGGGAAAGACAUGGAUUUCCAGGGAUGCUAGGGAGCAUUGAUUGCAUGCAUUGGAAAUGGAAAAAUUGUCCGGUUGCAUGGAAAGGUCAGUAUUCUGGUCACAUUCGUGAGCCAACCAUUGUUUUGGAAGCAGUAGCAUCAUUUGAUCUUUGGAUAUGGCAUGCAUUUUUUGGGUUACCUGGGUCAAAUAAUGACAUUAAUGUAUUAGAACGGUCUCCUAUAUUUUCUGAGCUCGAACAAGGACGUGCUCCUGCAGUUAAUUACUCAAUCAAUGGUCAUGAGUAUACAAUGGGAUACUACCUUGCCGAUGGCAUAUAUCCAAAGUGGUCAACAUUCGUUAAAACAAUUCCAUCUCCACGAGGACACAAACACAAAUUAUUUGCAAAAGCCCAAGAGGCGAAUAGGAAAGAUGUAGAGCGUGCAUUUGGAGUACUUCAAGCAAGAUUUGCAAUUGUGCGUGGACCUGCAAGAUUUUUCCAUAGUGAAACGCUUCAAGACAUCAUGAAAGCGUGUGUAAUUCUUCAUAACAUGAUCGUUGAGGAUGAACAAGAUAUAAAUGAAGCGGUGGAAUUAGAUUAUGAGCAAGUUAAUGACAAUCCUACUAUACAACUGUCACGAGAGAACACAAAUACAUUUACGGAGUUCAUUGAAACCCAUCAAUCUCAAACUUAUCUCUGGGAUGACAAUGGUUACAGGAGGAGGUCACUACAUCUCAACAACUUCACUAACAACAGCAGUGCAGCUUGCCUAGCUAAUAAAAUUGCAGACCAGUUAAAGAAUGAAACUUGUAAAAACGCCUUUAACUUCGGCUCUACUCCAAGCACCAAGCCUAAUGUCCCCAAAUUUGACAAGUUCUUGCAUAAGUGUGACAUAAAAGACAAACACGCAGUUGAUGGGAUCAUAUUGCCUGUUUGUGUGCCCAGAUUAGACCCAAUUGUGGCGUUUUCUAAUUAUACAAAAUCUCAAUAUGCAAAAUAUCUGAAGAAUUGCCUCUGA